AUGGCGCUCGUUGAGUUGAGAGAGCUAAAGGAGCAGUUGAAAGCUCUGUUGAGUAAGGGAUUUAUUAGACCGAGUGUUUCUCCUUGGGAUGCUCCUGUUUUAUUUGUGAAGAAGAAAGACCGUACUAUGAGGAUAUGCAUUGACUGCCGUCAGUUGAACAAGGUCAGCAUUCGUAAUAAGUAUCCCAUUCCUUGCAUUGAUGACCUGUUCGACCAGCUUCAAGGUGCUUCAAUAUUUUUGAAGAUUGAUUUGAGGUCAGGCUACCAUCAGCUGAAGAUUCGGGCCGAAGAUGUUCUAAAGAUGGCUUUUAGGACUCGUUAUGGGAAUGCCAAUGUUGUUUCUGAUGCCUUGAGUCGCAAGGCCACGAGAAUGUGGUGUUUAGCCCGUUUGGUUAUUUCUGAGCGUCUGUUGGCCAUGGAGGUUCAGACUCUAGCCAACAGUUUUGUUUAUCUUGAUAUUUCAGUUCCAGGCAGAGUCUUAGCUUGUAUUGAAGCUAGAUCAUCCCUAUUAGAGCAUAUCAGGACUCAUCAGUUUGAAGAUGCUCAGUUGUUUCUGUUUACUUAUACUUCUGAGAGGUUAUCUAGAAUUUAUAUUCGUUAUAUUGUGCGAUUGCACGAGGUCUCUAUUUCCAUUAUUUUCGAUCGAGGUCCCCUGCUUACUUCCAGUUUCAAGAGAGCUUUUCAGAAAGAGUUAGGUACUCAGUUGGACCUCAGUAUAGCUUUUAAUCCCCAAGCUGAUGGUCAGUCCGAGAGGACUAUUCAGGAAAUGAAGUAUGAGCACCAGAGACCUAGUGGGGUUCUCCAAAGUAUGCCCAUUCCUGAGUGGAAGUGGGAGAGGAUUUCAUUGUGGCUGUUCCAAAUACCCGAGGAAAGUUUGACUCUAGGUCCCCAGCUUACUUCCAAUUUCAGGAGAGCUUUUCAGAUAGAGUUGGGUACUCAAUUGGACCUCUGUACAACUUUUAAUUCCCAGACUGAUGGUCAGUUCGUGAGGACUAUUCAGGUACUCAAGGAUAUGUUGAGAGCAGGUGUCAUUGAUUUUGGAGGUCAUUUGGACCAGUUCUUGCCCCUAGCGGAGUUUGCAUACAAUAAUAGCUACCAUUCAAAUACAGAUAUGGGACCGUUCGUGGCCUUGUAUGGUAGAAGGGCCAUUCGUAGCCUUGUAUGGAAGGAGGUGCCGUUCUCCUAUUGGUUUGUUUGA